AUGCAGCACAACACAGCUAUCCAAGAAGCUUGGUCGGAACCAGCGCAGUCACAACAAGACGAGUCCAAUAUCUCACCAGCACUUUUGAUGCAACAACGCAUUGUCCAAGCAGCUUCGUUGAACCAACAAGGAGCAUCUUGCCUAAUCGCUGGCAGCAUUGAAGAAGCAUCCAAAUUGUUUGCCGGAGCUCUUCAGCUUGUGCAUUUCGAGCUUCCUGUCUGCCCCCACAAAGACUUCCCAGUUCCGACGAUUUCUCCUUACACCGACCGAACGCGCCAAGUUGACGACAGCAGGGGCUUUGUGUACUCUAAGCCUCUCUUUUUCAAUCCUCAAGCCAUCAUCACCGACGAAGAUAUCCUGUCGUAUGUGGCUGUGAUCGCAUUCAACUUGGGUCUUUCAUAUCAGCUCGAAGGGCACGCCCAUGGUGAUGGAGGCAAAUUCCUGGAGAUAAGCAAGAGUUUGUACCAAAUUACAUUGAACCUUCUCAAUCAACAGCUGAGGUACGACUGCUCCAAUGUCAUCAUCGCAUCAUUGAACAAUCUAGCCUGCGCUAAUGCGGAGCUAAACAUGUUCGAGGAAGCACAUCAGAUGUUACUCCUGAUGGCAGUUAUGAUCAAAGAAGAAAGAGUCAGAACCGACACAAUUCACGCCGACGAUUUUAGUGAUGUUGUUCUCAACAUCCGCCUACUGACAAUGCCAGCACAUGCAGCAAAAGCUUAA